UGUGUAUCUGUAUCGUAGUUGGUGAGAAUGCUGUUAAGUAACACGUGUCAGAUAACAGCUGUUGGCUGUUGUGCAGUGAGGUCGGGGUUCAGAAAGCGUCGCAGUCCGCAAUGAGCAACAUGGGAGUGUUUUUAAGGUUAUCGCGUUUGGCGCAGCUGGAGAGCACCCGGCACUACUCAUCAGCUGUAAAGCUGAAUGAAGUGUACAUAGUUUCAUCAGCAAGAACACCGAUGGGUCCAUUUCGAGGAAGUAUGGCAUCACUGACUGCUCCAAAACUUGGUUCAAUUGCUGUACAGGCUGCAAUAGAGAGAGCUGGAAUUCAAAAGGACGAAGUGAAAGAAGUUUUCAUGGGGAAUGUUUGCCAAGGGGGAGUUGGCCAGGCUCCAGCAAGGCAAGCUGCUUUGUUUGCAGGUCUGCCCAAGUCUACAAUAUGCACAACAGUAAAUAAGGUGUGUGCAUCAGGAAUGAAAGCUAUAAUGCUGGCAAGCCAAAGUUUGAUGUGUGGCCAUCAGGAAGUUGCCCUUGCAGGUGGCAUGGAAUCUAUGUCAAAUGUACCAUUUUACAUGAAGAGAGGAGAAACAAGUUAUGGAGGUGUCAAUCUUGUGGACGGUGUUGUUUUUGAUGGACUGCUUGAUGUUUACCAUCACAUCCAUAUGGGAAACUGUGCUGAAAAUACAGCUAAGAAUUAUGGGUUUUCUCGUGAAGAUCAAGACCAAUAUGCAAUAAACAGCUACAAGAAAAGUGCAGAGGCAUACAAAACAGGGGCAUACAAAGAUGAAUUGGUACCUGUUAGUGUACCGCAGAAGAAAGGGAAGCCAGACCUAGUUAUUUCUGAAGAUGAAGAAUUCAGAAGGGUUGACUUUGAUAAGUUUACAAAACUUAAACCAGCAUUUCAGAAAGAGAAUGGCACAGUAACUGCUGGAAAUGCAUCUACACUAAAUGACGGAGCAGCAGCAUGUGUCCUCAUGACAGAAUCUGCUCUGAAAAAAUUUGGCUGUAAACCACUAGCAAGAGUGGUUGCUUUUAAAGAUGCAGCAACAGAACCUAUAGAUUUUCCAAUUGCACCUGCUUUUGCUAUUCCAAAGUUGCUGGAGACCGGCGGUGUGAAAAAAGAUGACAUUGCCCUUUGGGAAAUAAAUGAGGCAUUCAGUGUUGUUGUUCUAGCUAACAUCAAGAUACUAGACCUUGAUCCAAGUAAGGUCAAUGUGCAUGGUGGAGCAGUGAGCUUGGGUCAUCCUAUAGGCAUGUCUGGAGCUCGCAUAACGUUACAUCUAGUUCAUGCACUAAAGCCUGGUCAAAAAGGAGUUGCAUCAAUAUGUAAUGGAGGUGGUGGAGCUUCUUCAAUUUUAAUUGAGAAACUAUAAUUGCAGAGAUAUGAGGAAGAUUGAAGAAAAAAGGAAACUAAAGAGUAAUUAAGAGGAAUUUAUUCAGUUAUCAUUUUUAUGCACAAGAAUUACAGAGAAGGUCCAAAAUUUUUAAUUUUUUUGUGUCAUUUUAAUCACAUCAUUAAUUUUAAGUGUUACUUUACAAAAUGUACAAAGUAUUAUCUUUGCUAAUUAUCUCUCAGCACCAUAUUUGACCGAACCAGGUGAAAGGCAAAGUCUGUCAAGUCAAUUGUAAACUGUAUUUUCACCUGUGGAUUCAGUUUUGCCUUAUUCUUUAUUAUAACAAAAUAGUUUAUAAUUCUUUCAACUUGGUAAAGAGUCCUCUCUUGCAACAUUGUUUGAAGCUAAUGUAAAAGAGCAGUCAAGUCAAAUUAAAGAGAUUGUGAUACAACUGGUACACCAGCUUUCACAUUUAUCUUCGACUGCAUUACUUUUGGAGGUAUUGUACUAAGUUUGUAUGAGCUACUGUUUUUUGUCUUGUGUUUCAUUCUUAUUAAAAGAUGUGUACAACUUAUAAUGAAGACUGAACUGUUUUAGAUGUAAUGUAAAUGUACAGUACUAAAUCCAGCUACCUGUUCUUGUUAUAAUUUUUAUUAUUUUUGUACUAUUAGAUGUUUUUGCGUAUGUAAGGAAGCAUGUUUAAAAUACAAUAAAAAUGAUUAUUCUUUUA